AUGGCUUCAUCAUUCGUCAAUUUCGUUCAGCGCAAGCUAUGUCUGAUACUUCUCGGAUUGUCCAUCUACAACCUCGCUUGGGGUCAGUUCAUCCAAGAGUACCAAAUGAAGCUCUACAAUGGAGAAGAGACACCUAUCUGUAAAAAUGCGAAGGAAUGGCUAGAGACAGACCGCGGCAAGAAUCGGAAGCUAGCCCAGUAUGGAGCCGGGUCUUCACAGAUCUACGGCUAUGACUUGAACUCCGAAGUGACCGAAAGAAGGGGUGACAAGAUGUGCAAAACCUUCAAGAAGAACAACGAGUGCCCUCAGAAAAGGAAUGGAGUAGUGAUACAGCCAGUCAUCAUGCCAGACCACUGGACCACCGCAGUGGAAACCAUCAACCCUCUGAAUGAGUGGGAGCUUGAAGCUUCAUACCAGAUCGACAUUAGCAAACCGAUAGGACAUCCAGCUCGUAACAGAAUGGCCACCGAGAAGAUCAAGCUCCACAAGCUUGCAUUGGAAGAGUUGAAGAUACCGGCAACUGAACAGCCCAAUUAUGCUAUGCUCAUCGCUGUUAAUUUGGAUGACUCAAGCGGUGUUAACGAUCCGCCCGCCGGGUUCAAGAUGGGGGACAAUUAUGCGACAAAGUGGAAUACCAAGGUCAGCAGGCGAACUGGUGAUAGCACAGAUAACAUGAAUACGACUGAGCACCUACGAUACAUGUCCAGCUUGACCCGGAAGGACAUACAAGACUGGCCAGGUGUAGACAUUCUUCUCAAUGGCUCCUGGUCAGAGACCAAGAUCGCUGCCACAAACUACGCUGCAUCGGGUGGCGAGUUCGGGUUUGGGGCCGCCAACAUCGUUGCCAACGAUUCCGAUUGGUCGCAGAACUCUUCUUUCCUGGAUUCGAUAUACGACAACUCUAGCCGUGGGAGAGGUAGUUUCGGUCUUCAUUUCUCCCGUCCGCUAGACAUUCUCGAUCUUGGAACAGCUCCGUCACAGAUCAACACCAAAGGACUCACACACCUCUUCUACUCUUUCGUCUUCUUCGACCCUAGCACCUUUGAGAUGACACCUAUGAACCCGGCCGACGUCGAACAAUAUACCGAAUUCACAAGCUUGGCUUCAAACACGCUGCAAACCUGGUGUGCCAUAGGCGGUUGGUCCUUCUCAGAUCCUGGCCCAUAUCACAUGGCAUGGAGCGACAUGGUUUCAACUUCAGCAAAUCGUGCUCGUUUCAUCACGUCGCUGAUAGCUUUUAUGCAGAAAUAUGGGUUUCAGGGAGCGGAUCUGGACUGGGAAUACCCUGUUGACGAGAAGCGCGGUGGCCGACCUGGCGACGCCGACAACCUGGUGCUGUUGGUCAAAGAGAUGCGAGCUGCAUUUGGAUCUCGCUUUGGCUUGUCCCUCACACUUGCCCCUGACUAUUGGUAUCUUCGUGGCUUCAAACCGAAAGCCAUGCAACCUUACGUCGACUUCAUGGGUUUCAUGGCAUAUGACCUGCACGGCCCAUGGGAUACGGAUGUGAAAGCCCUUGGUAGGUGGCCUGAAUUACUCCGACGAUGCUUUAUCAUGCUGACCCUGCGCUUAGGCUCCAUUGUGCGUCCUCACACUGACAUCACGGAGCUAUACAACAAUCUUAAGCCGCUUUGGUUCGAUGGUGUUGAUCCGUCAAAGAUCAACAUCGGGCUCGCCUAUUACGGUCGCACAUACAAACUCGCCGACCCUGCCUGCGGCACCAUGAAUCAAUGCAAGUUCACGGGACCUGGAGCCGCUGGUAAAUGUACGGCUUUUGAAGGUGUCUUGUCAAACCGGGAGAUCAGAGACAUGAUCAAAGAGCACGGCUACAGCCCAUACCUCAACAAGACAGCAAUGGUGAAGUACAUGACUUACGGGGGUGAUAGCUGGGUAGGCUUCGACGAUGAAGAAACCAUCGCCAUGAGAGAGGAUUUCGCAAACUCUAUGUGUCUCGGUGGUACGAUGAUUUGGUCAAUCGAUUUCGAUGCAAGCGUUGGCGGUAGUGGCGGUGCCAAUGGCGGCAGUGGAUCUGGCAACAACCGCACUGACCUUGUCUGGGUCGACCCGAAGAUUUGGGAUAGCGACAAGCCAACGGUCACAUGCGAUUUCCCUUGCACAGUAGUCUUGCCACCGUAUACAAAGUUCACAACAAGGACACGCUACCCACUCGUUACGGUCACGAGUUCAGGAUUCACCACCACUGUCACCCGCCCUCCCCUGACAGUGUCCGUUAUCUGGAUUUCGACUAUUGUAGUUGGCGGCGGCAGUGGAGGAGGGGGAAGUACGGCGACGUCUAAUCUACCCGCGACCAUCACUACAGGAGUAAUAUUAUACACGACACCAGUAUGGCCAAGCUUUACAUUGAUCGACCCUGCUGGAAGAACCAUCAUCACGAGUGCUACCGGAACACCGAGUCCCUUUCCAAGCAGGGUGACGUCAGCUAUACCUAGCAUCACGUUCGUUUCUGGUUUGCCGCCAUCACCAACAACAUCGCCGUUCUCUACACCGUGCCCGUUCAUCUCGAUGGCGAUGCUGUGCCCACCGUAUAUCACGGAGGACGAGAAUGGGGGUGGCAGUAAUGAUGACGAUGAAAACGAAGAUGAUGACUGCAAAGGCGAUGACUGCGAUUCCGGUGGCGGCGGCGGUGGUGGUGGUGGCGGCGGAGGAGGCGGCGGAGGAUGCAAACUCGGCCUGCUCGAAGAAGAAGUUGAAGAGCAAGAGACUGGGGAAACCUGCAUACCUAUCAACCUUCCCGGCGACCAGGAUCCAAGCGACCCCGGUGGAGAUGGUGGUAGCGGCGGUGGAGGAGAGAAUGGAGGUGGAGACGACCGGCCACCCCCCGUUCAGUCACCCGAUAUGACCCAGAAUGACUUGACCUGCUAUGACAGUGGUCAAGCCGCUUCAAGAGACAAUAUGGUCUUCGGUGCCAAAGAGUUUUGCACACAGUACAAUGACUUCUUGUACAAGAGCGAUGACUUCCAAGCUUUGGAGCUGAACUUUGGUUGGGACGAGCAACACAAGGCUGGCCUCAACAUGUUGGUUCGGUUAGAGCUAAAGAGCAACUGUCAAUGGCGCGUUGACGAAGGAGAAUGCAACAAGCAGCUCCUUCGAAUCAUUGAUGGUUGCGACCAAAACACCAUAGCAGACAAGCAAGGAGGUGUUUUGGAGAAUAAUUGCCUGGCUUGGCGCAUCGAUCCAGAGUACAACCAAGACAUCGCACCUCCAGCUCCACCCCCGAAGCCGGAGCCGACACCCGAACCAGAACCCGAACCAUCAAAGCCGCCAGUACAUAACGGAUACCACCCCUAUUACGACAUCCUCACCUAUGACUUGGGUGCCAGCGCCGGCACCGUCGGCCGUUUCGGUCGUGUAGGACUGGCCUCCUACGAAGACGUCGAUGUGUGUCGUUCAGCUACAGCCUGGGAGGACGAUGACGCAUCGACACCCAAGAUGUUCGACGAGAUGAAAGGCAUUACGGGCGUCUUCGGCGACACGUGCGACUACAAGUCAGUCAAGGACUACGCGGACGCGGAAAGUGGCUCCGUGGUAGGCAAGCUAGAAUGCGCCAAGUGGGUUGACGCCGACUGUUACAAGUCAACACAUAUCGAACGGUGUGUCUUCACGGCCAUGUUUCUAAGGCUUUGCGACCUCGAAACAAACGGACCAGGAGGUAUAACACAUGGAUCUAGCGACGGAUAG